AUGGCGUGGGAGAAAGGAUACAGGAAAGUCUUACUGCAGUUGGAUUCCACCACAGCCAUCAACAUCCUAUCAUCCCAUGAUCAUACUGAGCACAGGUACCGUAACCUGGUUUUGCAAUUUCAAGGUCUGAUACAGCGAAACUGGGAAGUCAGAAUUUCCCAUAUUUACAGAGAAGGGAACAAGGUGGCCGAUUUCCUUGCUAAUACAGGUCACUCUGUGAGCAUAGGUUAUCAUGUCUUUGAGAGUUCAGACUCGGGUCUGACCUAUUGGAUUUUGUAUGAUGUUUUGGGUAUUUCCCAAACCCGUUUAAUUUAA